CACACACACACACUAAGUGGAUAAUCAGGUAGAAAAUGUGACCUUUAAACCCACCGCAAGUUGACCUCUUCGCCUGAAAGACGCGCGCUUGCAGGAUUUUGUGAUUCGUGAAGGUUUUGAAAACAACGCUGGGAGCAGGGUAAACAUGGCAGAGGCAGGGAAUAGGUGUCCCACCGCUGUUCCUCUCGACGUCAAUAAUACGGCUCCUAUUGGAGUUUCAUGGGACAGGGCUGCAGGUAUGUUGGAAGACAAGGCGACAGGAACCAUAAGCAGUUUGGGCAGUGAUUCACAAGCUCAUACUGGAGAGAAACCCUACAAGUGUGGCGAGUGUGGGUACAGAACAGCUAACAAAUCUACUCUUUCUGUACAUAUGAGAAUUCAUACGGGUGAAAAACCUUACAAAUGUGACCAGUGUGACUAUUCUUGUGCCAUAAAGGGUAAUUUGGACCGACACAUAGCAAAACAUUCUGGUGAAAAACCUUACAUGUGUGGGGAGUGUGGGUACAGAGCAGCAUGGAAGUCUGACUUAUCCCAACAUGUAAGAACUCAUACAGGCGAGAAGCCCUACAAGUGUGACCAAUGCGAAUAUUUUGCUGCUCAAAAAUCUACUUUGGAUCGACAUAUAGCAGAACACACUGACGAGAAACUCUACAUAUGUGGGGAGUGCGGGUACAGGACAGCUUACAGGGCUAAGCUAUCCAGACAUAUGAGAACUCAUACAGGUGAAAAACCCUACAAAUGUGAGCAGUGUGACUAUUCUGCAGCUCGGAAAUUUACUUUAGACCAACAUGUAGCCAAACACACCGGUGAGAAACCCUACAUGUGUGGGGAGUGCGGGCACAGGACAGCUAAAAAGUCUACUCUUUUAGUACAUAUGAGAAUUCAUACAGGUGAAAAACCUUACAAGUGUGACCAGUGUGACUAUUCUGCAACAUCGAAAACCAAUUUGGACCGACAUCUGACAAAACAUUCUGGUGAAAAACCCUACAUGUGUGGUGAAUGUGGGUACAGGGCAGCACAAAAGUCGCACUUAUCCCAACAUGUAAGAAGUCAUACAGGUGAGAAGCCCUUCAAGUGUGACCAAUGUGACUAUUCUGCUGCUCACAAAUCUAAUUUGGAUGAACAUGUACUAGCUAAACACACUGGUGAGAAACCCUACAUGUGUGGGGAGUGUGGAUACAGGACAGCUUACAGUGCUAACCUAUUCAGACAUAUGAGAAGCCAUACAUGUAAAAAACCUUGCAGUUGAGACCUAUGUGACUAUUCUACUGCUCAGAAAGCUGCUUUAGACCAACAUGUAGCCAAACACACCAUAAUAGUGGGAACCCCGACAUUGUGGCAAAUGUGGUUACAGGACAGCUGAAAAGCCUUUAAGGCUACUCUUUCUGUACAUGUGAGAGCCCAUACAGGUGAAAAACCCUACAAGUGUGACCUGUGUGACUAUUUUACUGCUCAGGAAACCACUUUUGACCAGCAUGUAGUCAAAAAUUCUGGUGACAAACCCGACAAGUUUAGAGUUUCUUUUGUGUAGAUAAAAUAGCACUAAAAACCACUCCUUUUUAAGCAUUGUCUUUGUUUUUAUUCACAUUUGCUACAUAAAUCUUUGGACACAAUCAAUACCAUGUCAAAAGCUGAAGACUAGGACAGUCUAUAUGUAUAAUGCAAUGACAGUGAAACGUGCUAGUGAUCACCUAUGUAUUGUCUGGCUAUUUAUGCACAAUUAAACUACUAGUGACAACUUCUACAAAAAGACGAUUUUGCAUUGAUAUACCGUCAAACCUGUACUAUUGACCACCUUUACAAAAGAACAACCUGGCCAUUGAUAUACAAACCUGUACAACUGACCACCUCUACAUAAUGACCACUCGGCCAUUGAUAUACAGUCAAACCUGUACUGGUCGACUUUUCUACAUAUGGACCAUCGGUCCUUUGAUGCACAAUCAAGCAUGUACAAGUAACCACCUCUACAUAAGGACCACAUGACUAUUGAUAUACAGUCAAACCUGUACUAGUGACCACCUCUACAUAAGGACCACAUGACUAUUGAUAUACAGUUAAACAUGUACAAGUGUCCACCUCUACAUAAG